GGCGGGGGGCGUGUCCCCGCCGCGCGGGGCGGGCGGCAGCGGGUCCGGCGGCAGCGGCGGCGGAGGCGGGAGCGCCGGAGCGGCACCGGCCCGGCCCGGCCCGCAGAGUCUGGAAUGAUGAAUGGCCCCGACCUCGGCAGCACCGCGCCCAGCCCCGCGGCGCAGGACGAGCAGGCAGCCAGCGGCCGCGAUGAGAAGGAGAACAACCCCUUCGCGGAGUACAUGUGGAUGGAGAACGAGGAGGACUUCAACAGGCAGGUGGAGGAGGAGCUGCAGGAGCAGGAGUUCCUCGACCGCUGCUUCCAGGAGAUGCUGGAGGAAGAGGACCAGGACUGGUUCAUUCCGUCGCGCGACCUGCCCCAGGGCGUGGGGCAGCUGCAGCAGCAGCUCAACGGGCUCUCCGUGGGUGACGUUCACGCUUCGGAGGACAUUCUGAGCAAAAGCAACUUGAAUCCCGAUGCCAAGGAGUUUGUGCCCGGCGUGAAGUACUGAUGUCCAGGCAGGAUUAGGAGGGACUGUCCCCGCUCCGGGGUCGCGGCCGGGGGACGGAGCUGCUGCAACGUGGCGACAUCUCGCUCUACGCUUCAAGUACCUUUUUUCUUCUUUUUUUUUUUUUUUUAAUUCCUACAAAACUCUUCUUUGUACCGUCUAUCACCUCUUUUAUUUUUGGCAGUUUUUGCUUUCUGGGACUUGCAGCCCUUGGGUCUGUCCUGGAGCCCCGCGCUCCCGCAGCCUCACAGACGCGUUUCCACCCCUGCCCAAACCUGCUGGUGGGAAAGUCUCUUGUUCUGGUUUAAGCAUAAUUUACAGGAAGGCCCAGCCCCCGAGAGCCGCGCCGGCUUUCCCUGUUCCGUUAAACAAGAUUCCUUUCGCUCAAGUGGAGUGUGACACGAGUGUAAAGCCCGGGGUCCUCUGGAGCGGCCCAGCGCUGCGGUACGUGCUGAGCACCGACCCACAGCUGUGGGAGCUCCUGGGGACACGGCGUUUGUCACCCAGUGUCCGUCCCCAGCCAGGGGAGCGCCGCGUCUGCUCCUUAAAGAGUUUUCCCCCAGCUCUGAAGCAUCUGUAAGUAAAUUCCAAAAGAGCGGCUUAGAGCCUCCCUGGGAGAAGGUCCUGAGCGCAGGAGCAGCCGGGACGUGGGCAGAGGAGGUGACGGGCAGCGUCCCGGCCCCUCUGCCGCGGUGGUGGGUGGCGCUGGAGGCGAAGCCGCCGCUGUGCUGUGCGUGAGCAGCGUCCCUGGGCUCUGUUUCCAGGCCUAGCUGGGCUGCUUUGCAGAGCCGGGCUCAGAACCCGCGCCCAGAGGAAGCGGCAGCUGCUCGGCGAGGGUUUAGCUUGACAAUUACAAUAUUAAUGAUUGCUGGCUCUGGUAGGGCGGACGGGAACGCUUGCUCAUGGGUGUGCAUCUCACCUGGCAGCUCCAGUUCCUUCCAGCGUCCCCGUUAAUUAAACAGAGCCGUUAAUUUGGGGGAUAAGGGGUCCCCGCGGGUUUGUGGGGAUGGAAGCCGGUGGCUGCAUCUCCUUGAGCAGCGACUCAGGCGUCCCUGGGCCUGAACACUAACGCUGAGCGGAGCUUUAGGCUGGUUUAACUCGGUACAGUCCGCACUGAAACCCACCAGCUCUCCCGUCUCUGGCUGCUUAAAACCAGCACUAAACCCUGACAUUACUGCAGCCAGAGCCGGGCGCAGGUGCCUCUCAGAUCUCGCUGCCCCGAGGCGCUGCUUUGGGCUGAUUUUCCCACUUUUCGGUACAAGCCGUGCCCAGGGCUGCCGGGCUGUCCCCGCGCUGUGCCGAGCUGUCCCCGGGCUGUCCCGGGGCUGUCCCGGGCUGUACUGGGCUGUCCCUGUGCUUUACUGGGCUGUCCCCGGGCUGUCCCUGUGCUGUCCCGGGCUGUCCAUGGGCUGUCCCUGUGCUGUACUGGGCUGUCCCCGUGCUGUACUGGGCUGUCCCCAGGCUGUCCCUGUGCUGUCCCGGGCUGUACUGGGCUGUCCCUGUGCUGUACUGGGCUGUACUGGGCUGUCCCCGGGCUGUACUGGGCUGUCCCUGUGCUGUACUGGGCUGUCCCCGGGCUGUCCCCAUGCUGUACUGGGCUGUCCAUGGGCUGUCCCCGGGCUGUCCCCGGGCUGUCCCCGUGCUUUACUGGGCUGUCCCCGGGCUGUCCCUGUGCUUUACUGGGCUGUCCCCGGGCUGUCCCUGUGCUGUACUGGGCUGUCCCCGUGCUGUACUGGGCUGUCCCCAGGCUGUCCCGGGGCUGUCCCCGUGCUGUACUGGGCUGUCCCCAGGCUGUCCCUGUGCUGUACUGGGCUGUACUGGGCUGUCCCUGUGCUGUACUGGGCUGUCCCCGGGCUGUCCCUGUGCUGUACUGGGCUGUCCCUGUGCUGUACUGGGCUGUCCCCGUGCUGUACUGGGCUGUCCCCAGGCUGUCCCUGUGCUGUACUGGGCUGUACUGGGCUGUCCCUGUGCUGUACUGGGCUGUCCCCGGGCUGUCCCCGGGCUGUCCCCGUGCUGUACUGGGCUGUCCCCGUGCUGUACUGGGCUGUGCCAGGCUCUGUGCUGGGCAACCCCCCAAAGCAGCAGCACAAUUCCUUCCCUCCCUUUUUCUCGGGUUUCUAUUUGAUUUCUUCACCCCCCGCCCCAAGACGUGCUGUACAUUUCAGACAAUGCGUCAUGGAAAAUAAACUGGUUUUGGAGGUGA